GCGCUCACUCGCUGUUUUCCGCGUGAGCGCAAGUGCUGCGUUUCCUUGGCUACUAUUCAGCACGCGCGAUACCGUGUUCAGAUCCACAUCAGCGCAACACAGCUUAUGGGUUGUUUACUGAAAUGGUACCUUAAUCACCCGGUUUUCUCUGUUACUCAGUAAAAACGGUCGUUUCUACAGUGGACUGGAUCUGUUCCCUUUCCUCAGGUGGAUGUCAUAGAACAUGAACCUCAUGGAACCUCCUGUGAGACAGGCCAAUGGGGUGGCCAGAUCUGACAGCAAGAUCAGUGCCAAAGCCUUGUUCGAACAACGUAAGAAAUACUCCAACUCAAACUUCAUCAUGCAAGAAACUUCUCAGUACCAUGUCCAGCAUCUCUCUACAUUUGUAAUGGACAAGACUGAAUCAAUAGCCACAGUAGAUGAUGCAGUGAAGAAACUCAUCCUUUUGGAGUCUAAAGGUAAAAUCUGGACCCAAGAGAUGCUUCUGCAGGUCAGUGACAAAGCCAUCAAGCUCCUAGACUGCGACACAAUGGAAGAGCUGGAGAACUUCCCUCUCUCUAUAGUCCAUCACAGUCAGACAGUGCUGAAUAAGACAAGGUACCCGUCUGUCCUGCUGUUGGUCUGUCAGGACAGCGAGCAGCAACGGCCAGACAUUCACUUCUUCUGUUGUGAUGAGGUUGAGGCGGAAAUAGUGCACGCUGACAUCGAUAGUGCUCUGGGAGACAAUAAAAAUGGCAAGAAGAUGAGACCUCAAACACUAAAGGUAAACCAGGAGAAAAUGAAGAGGCAUCGUGAGACGAUCAUCCCACCUUCAGAGCCAAAAGAUUUUUCCCCAGGGAUGAAAGGACGUGUGGCAGCUAUGGACAUGCAAAAUGUAGUAAGACGAAGUUCAGUACAGCAGGACACAGAAUCCCAUGAGAAAUUAGCCCAGCGCAUUGAAAAGGAGGUGCAAAUCCUGAACUGCGCUCUGGAUGACAUUGAGAUCUUUGUUGCACGACUGCAAAAAGCCGCAGAAGCAUUCGCCCAGCUCAACCAGCGUAACAAGAACAGAAAAAAUAAGAAAAGAGGACCAGCAGAGGGGAUGCUAACACUAAGAGCUAAACCUCCAUCUGAGGCAGAGUUCAUUGACAGUCUCCAGAAACUGAAGCUCUCCUUCAAUCUGCUGGCCAAACUGAAGAAGCACAUUCAGAAUCCUAAUGCUGCAGAACUCAUUCACUUCUUGUUCGGACCCCUUGAGAUGAUCUUACAGAACUGUGGUGGUCCUGACCUGCCUCGCUCAGUCAUCUCUCCUCACCUGUCUCGUGAAGCUGUGGAUUUUCUGCGAGGACACCUGACUCCUAAAGAGAUGGCUCUUUUUGAACUGAUGGGAGAUGGCUGGACAAGACCUAGAGCUGAUUGGCCCAGGGAACUGUGUGCUCCUCUCUACAUCCCACAUUUUCGUAAUGGCUGGGAGCCUCCAGUGGAGUUAUUUCGCAUGUCACCGUGGGAAAAUGAGUGCGCCGAUGUGUCCUCUGUGUCAUCAGAAGAUUUUUUUGGCUCUCAGUCCUCAUCAAAUGGGUCCUUCACAGCAACUCCUUCUAACCGGAAAUAUGUCAAGGUCCUCUACAGCUUUGUGGCCCACAAUGUCAAUGAGCUAUCUGUUCUUCAGGAUGAGAUUUUAGAGGUAAUUGAGAGUGAUAAUCAGUGGUGGAAGCUGAGGAACAGGAGUGGACAAGUGGGGUUAGUGCCUUCAAACACCCUAACUCUCAUUACACUGGAGGAUCUUCACAGUGUGGACCCAACAUACAGCCAGCCAUUUGUAGGUACAUCAUCUAACCCUCUGGGGAGAGGAAACAGUUUUGAAAAAACAAGAUCUCCACGGAAUAAAGACUACCGUAUGCAACAGAUGGAUGAAGUGAACGAUGAGCUGCUGCAAAAGAUCACCUCCAGUAAGAACCAACCGCCAACACGUAAUUUUAAAGUGGAGCGUCACGCUGGUCCUCCCAUUGUUCUCAAAUUUGAUUCAUCCCCUGCUGAAGUCACCGCCUGGCUCCAAGCCAAGGACUUUUCCAAGCCGACGGUGGACUGUUUGGGAAUACUGACUGGUGCUCAGUUGUUUUCCCUGAAUAAGGAAGAGCUGAAGGCGGUAUGUGGACAUGAAGGUUCACGUGUCUACAGUCAGAUCACUGUGCAAAAAUCCCAGCUAGAGAGGAGCCAAGGAGACUCAGAGCUUCAGGAGAUCAUGAGAAAACAGAUGGAGAAAAUCGCCUCUUCCUCCAAAUAAUUGUAGAUUCUCUUUUCUUAACAUGAACCAAACAAUCAGCAAUGCAUUCUGGCUUCUGUAAUAUUAAUGACUCAGAAUAACAAUAAAUGGAGAACAUGGAUGAGUUUCAGAAAUGCUGUUGACAAAGUGCACAAUCCUGAUUUAUCUUUAUUGUAUCUUUUACAUUGUCAUACAUUCAUAAGCAAUAUGACCACAUUCUAAGCUUGUAUACAUUUAAUUUGUCUAUUUAUUUUGUUUUAGAGGAUUCCUUUGUUUUGAUUACAUCAUAUAAUUUUUCUUAAUACUUGUUUAUUAUGGGGAAAUAUUAGGCUUUGCUUCUGUAUAAAAAGUGUGUAUGAGAGCAUCCAGAUACAGAAUGUGUCAAUACAGGUGGGCAUGAUUGAUUUUGUAGUGUUUUAAACAGACGUGCUUCAGUCUGCAUUUCAUGUUAUUUUCUUUUCAUGUCAUUGUCAUUUGAAACCUGAAUAUUUGUCUUUCAAAUGCUACUUGUUUGUAAAUGUACAGAAAAUAAUCCAGUGGGCACAUGCAAUGUUUAAAUGCUGAGUUUGUUGUAAAAGAAUGAUGCUGUUAUCUUACUGCUCCAGGCUCAUGGUCCUGGGCUCUGGUUCUUCCAGCGUCCAUGUGGUUUUACUCUGGGUUCUUUGUUUCCUUCCACCUCCCAAAAACAUGGCAGUAAGUUGAUUGGCUACACUAAAUUUCCGCUAGUUGUGAAUGAGUCGUUCAAGGCACAAGUUUACCACAGCAGGCUUACGGCAUGUAGCAGUGACUGCAGUCUGAUAUCAGACCCUCAUAAACAAACAUCCCUUACAUUGUGUUUCUUAGCUGGAUUGUAAAUGAUUAAAUACUAAAAGGUACAAA